GCAAAGUAGGGAAAAAGUUAAAAACAAUUUCGGUUGAAAGUUGCAAACAAUUACAAAUCGCAUUAUGUAUAAAGUAACAAUUGCUGUUCUGCUUUUGGCCGCUGCUGCCAGCGCUGUGCACAUUCAACAGCGUUAUCACGGUCAAGACAUCUACGCUGAGCCCGAAUGCUCCAUUGUAACCGAUCACUCGCGCAUGUUCCGGGACAUAUCCGACCCGACACACUACUGGAUUUGCCCUGAAGGUCAGGAGAAGGCGGAUUACAUACAAUGUCCGGACAAUUACGCAUUCAUGGAGAAGGAGCAAAAAUGCGUCGUAUGGGAGGAAUGGAAUUGGGUUGAACCAUACACUAAAUAAAUUUAUAACGAAACCUUGCUAACCAACUUGAAUAAAAUUCUUUGAAAAUGAAAUUUUUAAUUUA